UUUUAGUUUUUGCCCAUCAGCCGCAGUUGCUGGCGAUUCACAGAUAUGGUCGUUCAAAUAUAUAAAUAACGCAUAUACACAUGAAGUUGAACACGGAGCAUCAAAUCAUAUAAUGUAUUUUUUUCGCGUUUGAGUGAAUUUUAAAAAGUAACGUUAACUGAACUAAAAAAUGUAAUCCAAGUGAGUUUGAGGAGAUUCCUCCAGUGUUUUAUCGGCUACAAGAAUUCGUGCACUUACCAAUAUUACAGUUUUGUAACACUUCACAAGUGCUUCUGAAGGAUGAAUAGCAGUGGACCAGCAUACCCAUUAGCCUCUCUCUAUGUCGGUGACCUUCAUCCUGAUGUCACGGAGGCCUUGCUGUACCAGAAGUUUUCUCCUGCUGGUCAGAUCAUGUCCAUCCGUGUGUGCCGUGAUGUCAUUACACGAAGAUCCCUCGGAUAUGCUUACAUUAACUACCAGCAGCCUGCUGAUGCGGAAUGUGCCCUUGACACGAUGAACUAUGAAGUCAUCAAGGGUCGUCCGAUCAGGAUCAUGUGGUCUCAGCGAGAUCCAGGUCUGAGAAAGUCUGGUGUGGGAAACAUCUUCAUCAAGAACAUGGAUGAGUCGAUUGACAACAAGGCUCUCUAUGACACCUUUUCUGCCUUUGGUAACAUCUUGUCAUGUAAGGUGGUUUGUGAUGAGAAUGGCUCAAAGGGUUAUGGUUUUGUGCACUUUGAGACCCAAGAAGCAGCCAACAGAGCCAUUGAGACCAUGAACGGCAUGCUUCUGAACGACCGCAAAGUUUUUGUAGGGCAUUUUAAGUCUCGUAAGGAACGUGAGGCAGAGUUUGGAGCUAAAGCCAUGGAGUUUACCAAUGUGUACAUUAAGAACUUCAGUGAAGAUAUUGACCGUGAGAAACUCAAGAGCAUCUUCUCUGAAUUUGGUAAGACCCUUAGUGUCUGUGUAAUGACAGAUGAAAGCGGAUGCUCUCGUGGCUUUGGAUUUGUCAACUUUGAAAACCACAAAGACGCCAGGAGGGCAGUAACCGAAAUGAAUGGCAAAGAGCUGAAUGGCAGAGUCCUGUAUGUGGGCAGAGCACAGAAAAGAUUGGAGCGGCAGGGAGAACUCAAACGCAAGUUUGAGCAAAUAAAGCAGGAACGCAUACAACGCUACCAGGGGGUUAAUCUCUAUGUAAAAAAUCUUGAUGACAGCAUUAAUGAUGAGAAUCUAAGGAAAGAGUUUGCACCUUAUGGAACCAUCACCAGUGCAAAGGUGAUGACAGAUGGAGGCCACAGUAGAGGCUUUGGCUUUGUGUGUUUUUCCUCUCCUGAAGAGGCUACGAAAGCAGUGACUGAGAUGAAUGGCCGUAUCGUUAGCACUAAACCACUAUAUGUGGCUCUUGCCCAGAGAAAAGAGGAGCGAAAGGCAAUCCUCACCAAUCAGUACAUACAGAGACUAGCCAGCAUUCGAGCCAUUCCCAGCCCUACCAUACCCACCACCUACCAGCAGAGCUCCGGCUACUACAUGACCUCUUUGCCACAACAUCAGGUUCGCUCUUUUUACAACACCGUACCAAACCUGCGGCCUGUGCCACACUGGACAGCUCAAGCACCGAGGACUCAAGCUCCAUUUACAGCUCAGUUUGUGAGACAAGCUGUGCCCCGCAGGCCCUCUACCACCAUUAGCACAGUCCGCCAGGCUUCCACUCAGGUUCCUCACGUUGUUGUUAACACCCAGCAAAUGGCCAACAUUGGCACACAGACUGCAGGUGGGAGAACUGCAGGGACUGGAGCUGUAGUCAGAGGAGUCAGUCAAUACAAAUACUCCGCAGGAGUGCGAAAUGUGCAGCAGGUCAUCAGUGCUCCAGCUUCUGUCAUUCACCAGGUAGUACAGAAUACAGAGCCGGCGGUUCAUGUGAGAGGCCAGGAGUCCCUUACUGCCUCAAUGCUGGCGGCUGCACCAUUAAAAGAGCAGAAACAACUUCUAGGUGAGCGGCUGUAUCCACUUAUCCAGGCCUUGUAUCCGACUCUUGCGGGAAAGAUUACAGGCAUGCUGCUGGAGAUCGACAACUCUGAACUGCUGCACAUGCUCGAGGCUCCAGAGUCCCUGCACUCCAAGGUUGAAGAGGCUGUAGCUGUUCUUCAGGCUCAUCAAGCCAAGGAACUGUCUGCAAAGUAAAGGAGCACUGUAAUUCAGGCAUGCACACUGAAUGUCUGUGAGAGUUGUUCCAGAGAACAGGGAAAAAGAAAACCGCACCUCAUGUGCUAUUAAAUGCAUGGUUCACACCCUACAAAUGUCCUUUUGCUCUCCACAGUGUUAAGUUUUUGAUUUUGAUUAUAAAAAUAAAAAAUAAAA